GCUUGUCACACCUUAAAUCCACACCCCGCAAAACUGCCGUCCACACGCCACCACUACCCACCACCACCACCGCCGCCGUCACCUCAUAACCUCUCAUCGCAGAAGAGUCAAUGGCAUCCUCACGACCAUGCUCUUGCCGCAAUCAUCGCACCGGUUGCUGUCCUUGAGGAAAGGACUACCCCGCUAUAUCGCUCGUCUACAUCUUUCUCCUACUUCUACUGCCGCCGUGAUCCAUCGAAGAUACAAUCAGUCGCAAUCUGCCCAGCCCAAUCUUCCUUCUGUGACCGCAAACGUCACAACCACGCCAACGACAUCUACAACCUCAAAUAAUCCCACAAGAUGGCGCUCCUCCACCGUCCUCGAUUCUUACGUCGAGAAGCCAGCCCGCCCCAUCUCCCUGCGCCAGCUCAUAUUCUUCGGCUGCCGCAACCUCGACGAGAAACGCAUCGUGAAUAGCGCCAACUAUGUGCGAACGGAGCUCCCGGUUCGCCUCGCGCACCGAAUCCGUGACAUGCAGAAGCUUCCCUACGUAGUCGUCACGAAUCGCCACCUGUCGUACGUCUACGAGCUGUACUAUGCCGCCUUCGAGUCGUUCCGAAAGGUGCCCGAGAUAAAAACUGCAGAGGAUAAUGAUCGCUUCUGUGGCAUCAUCAAGGCGGCGCUGAAGGAGCAUCUCACCGUGAUUCCUAGGCUCGCGAUGGGGGUGCUGGAGUGUAGGGAUCUGCUACCCGCCGAACAGCUGGAUAAGUUUAUGCAUACGUUGUUGAGGAGUCGAAUCUCCCGCCGCGUCAUAGCAGAGCAGCACCUCGCCCUAACCGACACGUUCAACAGCCCGUUCCACUUCCCGGACGCGCCGGCGUACCACCACGGCGACUUCGUGGGCGAAGUCUUCCUCCGCUGCAACGCCAAAGAAGUCGUAGAGCGCGUGGGCGCGUACGCGGCCGAGCUCGCGCGCAAAGCACACGGCGCUUCGCACCCGAUCCCCGAAAUCCGCAUCGAGGGGCACCUGGACACAACGUUCCCCUACAUCCUGAGCCACCUCGAGUACAUCAUCGGCGAGCUGCUGCGCAACAGCAUCGAGGCGACGGUGGCGCACCACGGCUGGAAGACGCCAACCCCGCCCCCCAUCAACGUGCUCAUUUGCCACGCCCCAAAACACGUCAUCUUCCGGGUUAGCGACCAGGGAGGCGGCAUCCCCCCCGACGAGACGGAAGACCUCUGGUCGUUCGCAAAAACUCGCCGCACCGACCUCACCCGCCUCAAGAAUUUUGCGCAGGUUCCGAAGAUGGCCGGGACCCUGCAGGAGCUCCAGGAGCUCCAGCCCGACGUCGGCGAGACUAGUCUGCACACCCUCACCUACCGCCCGCCCGACCUGAAGCUCGGCAUGGGCCUGCCCAUGACCAGGGUCUACGCCGAGUAUUGGGGCGGCAGUCUGCAGCAUACCAGCAUGGAGGGCUACGGAACAGAUGUGUUUCUGCAGAUCGAGAAGCUUGGAAAUCGCCUCGAGCAGUUGAAUAUCGACCAGUUGUAGCGCAGCUGAUCGCUUCUAUGUAGUGUUUGGGUGCAUGUAUGCUCGGCUGGCUGGUUGGUGUUGUGGUUUCGGUUCUGGAUUUCUAUUUCUAUUUCGCAGAGUUUAAGGUUUGGUUAUUACAGUUAUGCAGUUAGUGCUUUGCAAUUGGAUUGGAUUGGAUAUUUCGUUGGUCUUGUACUUGGUUUUGAUUUUGAUAUCAAGUUGUCUGUCUGCCUGUCUGUCUUUGCGGUGAUUCCCUUUUUUUCCUUGCAAAUACAUUAUGUAGGAAGCAGCGAUGUCACGAUGCUUAAGUGCUUAUGCACAUCCAGAUUUCACAUUGAUUUCUCAUGCGCCCUCCAUCUGUGCAAACAGAUAUGCAGACUAGCCCUUGAUCCAGAAAAUAUAUACACCACGUACCUCCCUCCAUAAAAGUAGAGUACAAUACAACGCAAAACUCCCCUAACGCCAAAACAAACCCCCCCGUCCCCCCGUCCCCC